UGCAGCCUUAUAUUUACUGUAGACAACAAAGUGAUAUAUGGAUCAUUGAUCUAUAUAACAUUAAAAAAUGUCAAACUAUUCUUUAACAGCAUCUAAAGUUUAUUCCUGCAAUAUCUUCUCACAGGGGCAACAUGAUUUGGAUCCUCGUCGUUCUGACCUCCUCUGUCUGUGGGAGAAGAUGAUCUGCAGGAUCCUUCUGCUCAUCAGCCUGACCUCCUGUGUCUCUGGAACAUUUGUAGUGAAAGUGACUCAGACCUCCUAUCAGGCAGAGGAGAACCACAACAUCACACUGGAAUGGAUGUUUACAACCAAACCUGACAGUUCCUCCACCUCACUGAACAUCUUCUGUCGACUGAUCACUGAUCACAAUGACCCAGUCCUGUAUCAUGUACAUGAGGGUGUUGAGGCCCCAGAGUCUCAGGAUGAACAGUUUGCAGGACGAGUUCACAGUGACAAAGACGCCCUCAGAGAAGGACGAAUCAGACUUCAUGUGUCCAGACUCAGGACUAAUGACUCGGGUUGGUACACGUGUGAUGUGAUAACAAAUGAUGGUGUGAGCUCUGACAGAUGCCUCCUCAAUAUCACUGGGAGAUUUGUAGUGAAAGUGACACAGACCUCCUAUCAGGCAGAGGAGAACCACAACAUCACACUGGAAUGGAUGUUUACAACCAAACCUGACAGUUCCUCCACCUCACUGAAUAUCUACUGUGAAAUGAUGAAUGUUAAUAACAAGCACCCAGUCCUGUAUCAUGUAAUUGAAGGUGUUGAGGUCCCAGAGUCUCAGGAGGAACAGAUUGCAGGACGAGUUCAGUGUGACAAAGACGCCCUCAGAGAAGGACGAAUCAGACUUCAUGUGUCCAGACUCAGGACUGAAGACUCGGGUCUGUACACAUGUGAUGUGAAAACAGAUGAUGGUGUGAGCUCUGACAGAUGCCUCCUCAAUGUCACUGCAGCUGUUGAUAAGCCAGAACCUCAGAAACCUACUGAGAGACCACAACCAGAGAGUUGGGACAGGAUCGGCCUCUAUGUUGGACUGAUAGCAGCUGGACUCGCUGUCUGUGCUGGACUCUUUGUUUUUAGACUUUGUUCUAAUCCUGAUGUGAGAGAACAUGCAGUGGAACAUGAGUUAGAGAACAUGGAUGCAGCAGAAUAGAAGUUGUGUUUCUCAGACUUCUGUCACUGCAUCUUUUUACUUUAUGUGUUCAUGAAGCAGAUUUUUCUCUGUUCAUCCAACCUGAGCUCUAUUUUAACCCUGUAUCUAAAAACCUGGUGGAGAGAAUUUCACCAGAAUUGAUGAUUAGGCUCUGGGGGAAAGAAUGAACCAAAAUCUUAAGUGCCAUAUUGAUCAGUGCAAGUAGGCAUGAUCUAUCACAUAUUUACUUGUAAGUCAAGAUUCCAUUGAGAAACUGCACUUUCCUGAACAUAAACAUAGAAUUUCAUUCACAUCUGAUGAAGGGGAACGAAUGGCUGAACUUUGAGUGCACAGUUAUGAUUUGUUUAUGAUAUUGAAACUUGAGUUUGCUCUCCUUUGUGAAGAAACCUGGUUGUUGCUGCCUGCAGCUUUCAUUUUGAUGACUGAGCUGCUUCCUUCUGUUGAGCACUAACAUGUUUGAUCCCGGCUAUUCCUGCACUGAAUUUAGUGUUUACACAGUGUUUUAUACAGUUUACUGUACCUGUUACCUAUUUUUUAGUGUGAAUUUCUUUUUUAUAUUAUUUAUUCGCAAUUAACCAUUUCUGAUUCUGAUUUUGAGUUUUUAUGACUCUAAAGUUUGUUUCUUCUGCAAAGCAAUUCUUGAUUUUAUGAAACACUUUCAGACUUUAAAGUUUGACUCCGUUAGAUUUUACAAAAUGAAAAUCCUGUUUUGUUUUUUCUUUUGUUUUACAAAAGUGUAACGUGUUUAGUGUUUGUCUAAAUCAUUCUUAUUGAUUAAGAGUCACAAUUUUGGAGCAGCUAAUAAAUGCUGUAAUGUUGAUUUUGAAAAAAAAAAAAAAAAUUCUCCUGCAAAUUUUUUCAAGUUGUAUAUCCAUUUCUUCAUGUAAUUUAUUCCAAUCUAUAAAUAUACACAAGUCACACUUUUAAUGUAUGAAUGAAUGAUCCAAAUCUCAAGUCAGAUCACACUGAUACAUACAUUAUAAACAAAAUGGAUAUUCAAUGAUACUGCCAU